UUACGCUUAUCUUAUUUCGAAACGCUCGUGUAGAGAUCAGGCCUUCGCGCCCUCGUCUUGCGAAGUUCCACUGGUUUUCUUUCGCGACAGAGUGCCUUCACGAGGAAAUUUCACGAAUAGGUAUCGACCAUCAGCAUCUACACCUAGAUCACGUAACUGGUGGCCUAAAUCAGUCCGCUCAUCGGCUGGAACUAAGAAGAAGGGCAGCUCGGUUGUAAGACAGCUUCCGCGUCACGGAAAUCAAACAUAUAAUUUAAUUUCCUACACUAUCAGAUAUCGGACUCUAACAUACCAAAACCAUCUGGACCAAUAUCGCGAUGGCUUUCCGUCAAAGACUGACGUCCGUCAGUUUCCCGGUUAACUCCCUCACCCUCGCAUCUAGCGGCUUGGUUCUCCUACUGCUCUUAUCGUCCACGUCGACUUCCGUAUCAGAACGCGGGCAAGAAAAACUUCACACUGCCCUCGCCCGGGGUUCCGUUCGUUUAGCAGAGGCUAGGAACAUACCGGACCAAAGUAUCAUCAGCCCUCACGCGCUGGAGCGAGGGCUGCUGGGUCUUCGUCCCGGGUCACAAGGAGGACAACAGCAGACGCCAGAGCCGUGUGCAAAGUCGACUCUUCCGGGUUUCACGGCGAUGAUCGCGCUGUCCGAAUACGCAGGACUGUACUUCCACUUCAAAGUGCAGGGCUCCACACUUAACGGAGCAUUAGAAGCGAGGACCGUUGCUGAUGGAGGGGCGAGCAAGGGCUGGUUCGCUAUAGGCUUCUCCAAGACUGGCAAAAUGGCGGGCUCCGAUGUAGUCCUUGGGAAUUACAUUCCCUCCACUGGCAAGAAGCUUCCGUUGGAUCCCAAGCCUGGAGGCAUCGGCCCCAAGCAGCCACGGCCCAUUGCUUACCUAAGUGCGACUGGUACUAAGACCGGAAACAGCAGCAAGGGCGGAAACGGCACCAGGAGUGGCGGGACGAAGAAGGGAAGCGGAUCUGGGGACGGGAGCACGAACAGCACGAAAAGCGGUAACUCUGGUAACCGUACCGUGGGCAGCAAGGGCAAGGGCAAGGGCCCGUUGGUGGGAGCGUUCAAUAUGAAGAGCCUUACGAUGGGGACGUACGAAAUGGCUAACAAUUUCAAGAUCGCCAACACCUCCGUUACAGUCACAAAGAGCGGCACUGUGGUGAGGUUUACGAGGAGCGGGCCUGGUGGGUCAGUACCAGUGAAGUAUGGGGGCAUUAACACCUUCAUCUGGUCCUACUCCUCCAACGGCGCUACCAGGGUGUUUGGAGGACACAUGAGACACAGGGGUAGUGCAGUGGUGAACCUGGCAUGCAAGGUCUGAUCACUGAUGCCACUUAUACUAGGUAGACGAUUGGAGAUACAAUCUUUACCAUAUGCAUCAGACAAGAUACUCACUAUUUUCCAUACAUAUUAGGUUGGCCAGUUAGCAUGUUAGUUAUAGCUAAACUUGGUAAUCGCAAUCGUCAUUUAUUUAUUCAUGAGUCUCACAUGAAAAUAAUUGGUUAGUGGAAAA